GAUCUAAGAUCGCAUGCUCAUGACUAUAAAAAGAAGUGCUAGCUCGAUCGAGGUUCUUAUAUUGAUCGAUCGUCCGCUUCUCGUAAAAAUAAAAUAUUUGUAUUCCCAAGUCGCCACCUCCUGAAAAUCCCAGCUAUUUUCAAACAUUUCCUAGUAUGAAGCAAAAGAUCGUCAUUGAGGUACUAUGUAAGGAACGCCGUUCCAAAGCCAUGGCCCUGGCUGCUACAAAGGAUGGGGUUACGUCAGUGGCAUUAGAUGGGCAAAACCCAAAUCAACUGGUGGUGGUUGGAGAUGGAGUUGAUGCAGCUUGCUUGAUAGAAUAUUUGAGAAAGAAGGUUGGCCAUGCUAGCUUAAUAACCGUGGAAAAAGUAGUGGAGAAAGCGCCAGAGAAGAAAAAAGAAGAUGAAAAGAAAAAUCCACCUCCAGCUUGUGUAUGCAAAGUACCCCCCUAUUGUUACCAACCUCGGAUGGAAUUUUGUGGGGCUUAUGUCGAAUAUCCACCUCGUUGCAAUGUCGGUUGGGGGAACGGAUUUCACUGGCCCUGGUACUGAUCAUCUAGCAUGCCGGAAUAGAUUCGUUUCCUUAUUGUUAUUUUGCCUUUUAAAAUAAUCUUAUCUUGAGAUGUUGAUGAUCUUUAUUAUGUAAUGUAUGUUUGUUUCUACAAACCUAAUCUUAAUACUAAUUGUGAUCAGA